AUGAAGCCCUUCUACUUAACUCUGCUAUUCUUUGCCCUGUUGGCCUUUGCAUUGGGUGAACCACCGCUGAGCAAGAAAUCUCUCUAUUUCUAUAGUCUACCAUUGAAGAGUGCCAAACAGACGUCAUUUGUUCGAGCACCGGGCGCAAAACAGAAAACCUUGGUGGUGCAAAUUCGCAGUGAUGAACCUAGUCAAUUGGUCUUAAAGGGUCGUCCCAAACUGGCACACACUCAUGCCCAUCAAAUUCACGGUCAUCAUGCCCACGCUCACACGCAUGCACCACAUGCUCACAUUCAUCAUCACAUUAAUGCUGCGGCCAGUUCACUUCAUCAUCACAGAGCACAUCCAAGGCCAAUUAAGUUGACCAAUCCCAUCUAUUUGAAAAAUCCCAAUUUGCUGCGUAAACCUUUGAAACUGAAAUUGAAUGGUGCUAAACUUAAACCGUUGAACAUUCAUAAACCAGCCACAAGUUAUGAUGUACCCUUCAAAUAUGAGAAACCAAUUUCCUUUGCCAGUUCAGAGGUACAACAUUUGCCGUUGGAACACCACACUGAUUUCAUUGCUGAUCACUUUGAUCCCAUUCACACAAUUCCUGCACCAAACCUCUCCUUGCAAGACAAUCAUUUGCAUCCCGAAGAAACAUAUUUGCCACCCGCCACUUCAUCACCAAAACCCCAGGUGUAUCACCAAUCACAGAACAACUAUCAAGUUGUAGAAGAGAACACAAAUGAUCAGACUAUUGUCGAUACCUUCUCUGGUUCACAGAAAUACUAUGCUCCCGAUCCAGAUCCAUCAUUGCCUGCCGCUCAAAUCCGCCCAGCCGUUGAACCUUUCAAUACCCCAAGCAAUGGAAAACCAUUGCCUGCUGAUAUUCAAAGUAAUCAAUUGCCAGUGGCCCAACCCUUGGUACAGAUCGUAGGUGCCCAGGCUUCCAAGCAUAUCGUUCCCGAAAUCUAUCCCGUACAAUUCACCCAACCCCUGAUUGCUGCCAAUGUUGCUGCCGUUCAACCAGCUCCCAUUCCCAUCUACAAUCCCACCUACUUGGUUACCCAAUCGAAUAAUCUCUACACCCAACAUCAACAACAAUUGUUUAAGCCCGUUGAAGCUGCUCCCGUAGUCGAGGCUGGAUAUGUCAAUGCCGAUUUGACCCAAGAAGUUGCCAGUAAUGGACAAAUCUUGCAAGCUGCCAAGGAUUUGCACAGCAGCAAUCAAGCUGUCUUAGAUGUGGCUCCACAUUUUGCUGCUCUAAUUGCCGCUCCCGCGCUCGAUCAAGAACACCAAUCGUUGGAAACUGCUCCCUUCCAUUUGCAAAAUGUUGCUGGACCACCAUCGGCUAUAACAUCAACAACGGAGUCAGGAUUUGUGGUUUCCAACUACUAUGGUAAUGCUCAUCAGGAUUCCAGCCAAUUAUUGCAGGCCUAUGCUGAGGAAGAACAGGCUGAGGCUCAAAGACAACAGUAUGAGGAAUUACAGCAACAACAGCAGUUCCAACAGCAUCAAUUGCAUCAACAACAACAAUUGCAACAACAACAGUUGGAUCAGCAACAGCAAUUGCAACAGUACCAACAAUUCCAACAGCAACAACAACAAUUUUUGCAACACAAUGCCCAACCUCUACAGCAAUUGGAUCCAGCAGCCUCCGCCUUUGAAGAACAUCAACGUUUGGUGAAACAACAAUUGGGAGCUGAUACACCAUUGCGUAUCUUUGUGCCUGAUGAAGAGGCCCGUUUGCAAAAACGUUCCGAUGACAUCAGCAAGAACUCCGUGGAAUAUGUUGAUAGUGUCCCAGCUAGCGAAGAUGACCAUGCCCAAGAUGAUCUAUUUGAAGUUUCACAAUCUUCAGAGUCGGCCGAAGACUAUACAGAAAAAGAGUUGUUAAUUCUCCGCAAAGUGGAAGUGCAUAACAGUGGAGUUAUGAUACAAGAUUUCAUGUUCGACUGUAAAAACUUCUGCGAUCUUUAG